GUAAUCAAAAAAAAUGAUGAUGAUGUACUCCAGAUAUCGGAUAAAAGCCUAAUACGAAUUUCGAACCAAAUUCUGAGAACAAAAAGAAUCAAAGAUAAAUAUAUAAGUUGUCAUAUAAUAGUUAUAAGACCAUAGUCAAAUACUUAUUCUAGUAAAAUGGAAGAGGAAUCAAACUCAUCGUCGGCUCCUAAUAGGCCAACUAUUGAUAUCACGACCAGUACUCAACCGGCGAGUCAAACACCGCGAUCUACCACCCCAAAUAAUCCACCGGCUCGUAAUGCUUCUCCCGUACCUCAAAGUUCGACUACUUCUAAUAAUAUUAUACCUGUAACGUCUACACGACGUCCCUCUAUUUACGGGACUGGUGAAGAUAGAAUUGUUUUAGAUAUAGGCAGUCUUUACAUUAAAGCUGGUUUUAGUGGAGAGUCAAGACCGAGACACAUUGUACCCGUGUAUGCUGGAAACAUGAAAGUCCAUUGGGAUCCUGAUUUCAACGGAAGUGGAGGAGUUGUAAAGGCAUGUGGUGAAAGUUGCAGAGUAGUUGGUGAGUUUGCAGAAUUGUUUGAUUUGGAAAUCGGGAAAUAUCCUGAUGGAUUAGAUGUUCUUUAUGACCGGCUGGCACAUUAUCUAAGAGAAAUUUAUUUCAGGUACCUCUUAACUGACCCUAAACAACGCAAAGUUGUGUUAUGUGAAUCUCCCAUGCUUCCUUUGAAAUUAAAGCAAUUAAUUGCAAAAGUGUUAUUUGAGAAUUUACAGGUACCAUCAAUAUCUUUUGCACCAUCUCACAUGUUGGCGUUGUUGACAACGGGACGUACAACAGGUUUGGUGAUAGAUGUUGGGUAUUUAGAAACUACUGUACUUCCGACAUUUUCAGCUCGUCCCUUAACUCCUUACAUUCGCACAACUCCAUUAGCUGGUCGUGCAUUGACGAAACGACUUAAAGAAUUGUUAUCAACUUUUGGAAGUAUGAUAAUUCCUCCUUCUACUAAAGAGUCACCAGUCCAUGCCAAAUAUUUGACACCUGCAGUACUUGAAGACAUUAAAACUCGAUUUAUUUUCGUAAGUCCAAUAAUGGUUUCUGCGGCGUCAAUUGGUAUUGCCGAAAAAACAUUAGUAGAAGAUAUGGAAAAUAAAUAUGCUUCCGUCAGCUCGGCAACAAAUGUAUUGUAUCCCAUUACUAUAAGUAAAAGUGGUCGAGAACGUCAAAUUGGUACUUUAAUCAUUCCGGGCUGGAUCAGAGAACGCUGUGCAGAAGUGCUAUUUGAAGGAGAUGAAGACGAAUCCAGCGUGGUGGGAUGUGCUUUAGAGUGUUUACUAAAGACACCAAUCCAUUUACGUCGCCCUCUUGCUUCAGCUAUUCUUCUUGUUGGUGGUACAACUUUACUUCCAAAUUUCCAAUCUAGGUUUGGACAAGAAUUACUUCGUGCUUUGCAUACUGACAGAAGAUUUAAAUCUUUAAGUGGACUUGCGGAUCAUAUUGAAUUCUUAGAAGAUAGCGGUAGUGGAAAAGUGUUUGUAGCAAAUUGUCGGGCUUGGGUUGGUGGUUCAUUAAUUGGAUCCCUUAAAUCAACUGUAGUUGAAAUAACAAGAGAAAAAUAUACUGGCCAAGUUCCAGAUUGGACAACAGCCAAUUUAUCCAAAUCAGAUGAUAAUGAUGAGUGAGAACGUAAAAGCGAGAGAUCAAUAACUGAUUUGUAUAUAAUAGUACCAUAAUACAAAUGGUUAAAAAAGUCAGCCUGUUUCCAAGUGAUUUAUUUCAAUGGCCGAUUUACUCUAUAUUUACUUUUAUCAACAUAUUUAUUUUUUUUUUUUUU